AUGGGGGACGGGAGCACAGAGGUCUGUGUGUCUGUUACCCCAAGGGCUCCGAGGCUAGAGACAGAGGAGAAGCCUGUCCAGAAGCCCUGCAGGACAGGAAAAGGAGAAUCCCAACAUGGAAAACCCAACAUUGAAAACGGAGGAAAGCUUGAAAACCAAGAAAAGGUGGAAAAUGAAGAACUGUCAACUACGAAGGAAAAGCCAGAAGCUACUGAAGACAAGAGAAAGUUAGAAAUGCAAGGCAAGGGAAAAAUAGGAACAGAAAACAAAGGGAAAUUAGGAAUGGAAGGCAAGGAAAAGUUAGGAAAUGAGGGAAAGGCAGAUGAGGAAAUGCCACAGGCUAAGGGAAAAGCUGAGGGUGAGGGGAAGCCCAUAGAAAAGCCAGCAGGUGAAACCAGGGCUGCAGCCAAGCGCCCAGCUCAGGAUGAUGUCCCCAGAAAAGCAAAAAGAAAAACCAGUAAAGGGCAGGCUGAGUACCUCAAGGAGUCUAAGGAAGCCAUUCAUGAAUGAUUUGAGCGAUGAGGAGAGUUCAAUGAGGUGGCAAGUGUAAAGGAUGAGGUGAAAAAAUCCAAACAGAAAUUGGGGUGCUUUAUGUGGAUGCAAAGAAGCUUGCAGAAUCCCUUCCACACUAGAGGUCGAAGGGAACUUAGGGGCGACUGUAGGGCCCAACAGAGAGGCUUUGAAGACAUUCCUUAUGUGUAG